ACCCGCCCCUGACGCUAACGUCUGGCCAGGCCUGGGAGGAGCCAGUUAGCAGCUACACUGACACGUAAGAAUUCUGCGUAAAAUUUAAGGAAGAAGUUACAUCUUUUUCUGAAGUUGAAUAUGGUUACUGAUGCUUCGAGUCAGUCUUGAUGUAUAGUUGACCUGUCCCGCAGCAGAGGCCUGUUUGGACGCGUUUGAAGCGACGCGGGACUGUCAGCAAGAGGAGCCGACGCACAACAUGAGAUUUUCAGCGUUUAUUUCUGUCCUGCGGUCGGUCGGCCCGGUGGUAAUCGGCAUUUCUUUAGGGUUCACGUUGAGUUUAUUGAGUGUAAACUGGACGGAAGAAGCAUGCUACCUACACGGCAAGGAGGGUGAGGAUGUGACUGUGGGUCAAGAUGGGCAGCUCAAAGGAGCCCGAAAGCCAAACUCUAUUUCGAGUAUCAACGAUGGGGAGUCCGAAGAGGAUUUUGAACCAAGAAUAGUCCCUUAUAAACAAGUCCAACAGAGUGCCCCAAAGAAAGUUUUCAGAGCUAAAUACAUAAGCACAGAGUUGGGGAUGCGAGAGCGUCUGUUGGUCGGGGUCCUGACUUCCAAAAACACCAUAAACACUCUGGGGGUAGCUGUCAAUCGCACCAUAGGCCAUCACCUGGACACUGUGAUCUUCUUCACCGGCACGCGCAACCGCAAAGUCCCUCACGGCAUGUUUGUCAUCUCUCAUGGAGACGAGAGGCUGAUCUGGAACAUGUUUCAGAAUAUCAAAUACAUUUUAGACCAUUACAUCAAUGAGUAUGACUGGUUUUACUUAGUCCAAGAUGACGCAUACACAGAAGCUGACAGGAUCAAAGCCUUGGUGGACCACCUGAGUAUAGAUCGAGAGCUUUACAUGGGCAGUCCUGAGGAGUUUAUAGGAGGAGAAAUGGAAGGGAAGUACUGUUCCGGAGGGUUCGGGUAUCUCCUGUCACGUACCCUGCUCCUCCGACUCCAGCCCUUCCUGGAAAAUUGUAAGAACGACAUCCUGAGUUCAAGGCCCGAUGAGUGGCUCGGAAGAUGCAUCAUUGAUUACACGGACACAAACUGCGUCAGUGAAUAUCAGGGGCUUCAGUACCACCAUUAUGAGUUGGAAAAAAACUCUGAUCUGACUAAAGAACAGAGUGAACCUUUCAAGAAAGCUCUGACUGUCCAUCCAGUGUCUGACCCUGAACUGAUGUACAAGCUGCACAGAUACUUCACUGACAUUGAACUCCAGAAGACUUACGAUGAGAUUGCUAAGCUGCAGGAAGAAAUAAAGAACGUCAGUGUGGUUGCUUUCGACGGCAACCGAAGCUCCCAGUGGCCCGUGGGGAUCAAUCCACCUUUUGAACCAAAAUCUCGGUUUGAAGUGUUGAAGUGGGAAUACUUUACAGAGGAGAAGAUUUAUUCAUGCAUCGAUGGCUCUCCAAUGUGUGAUCUGCAAGGUGUUGACCGCUUGGACGUGGCUGAUGUCAUUGACGUAGCCAUGAUAGAGCUAAACAAGAAAUACAGGCCUGUCUUACAUCUGAAGAAGCAACAGCUGAUUAAUGGAUACAGGCGCUUUGACCCCGUCAGGGGCAUGGAGUACACCUUGGACCUUCAGCUGGAAGUGGUGAACCAAAAAGGUCACAGCCGUUCCGUCACUAAGCGAGUUCAUCUGGUGCGACCUUUGAGUCGGAUUGAGAUAAUCCCCAUGCCCUAUGUCACUGAAGCCACAAGGAUUCACAUCAUUAUACCUCUUACUCUGCAGGACCGGAGCUAUGUUGACCAUUUCCUGGAAGUCUUUGCCUCAAAUGCUUUUGAGACCAGUGAAAAUGCCAUCCUAACAUUCUUGUUUAUUUAUGACCCAGUGGAGGCACAGCAAGUCAAUCAGAAUGAUAUAUUUGCCAGCGUGAAAACUCAGAUAAACACUUAUGAACGCAAAUACCCUGCAGUAAAAAUCCCUUGGAUAAGUGUCAAGACAGAAACACCAUCCCAGAUCAAAUUCAUGGACAUCAUCUCCAAGAAGCACCCAGUUGACACGCUGUUCUUCUUGGCUCACGUCAACACAAAUGUCAAUUCAGAAUUUCUGAACCGCUGCCGCAUGAAUUCCAUAAACAACUGGCAGGUGUUCUUCCCCAUCCAUUUCCAGGACUUCAACCCGGAUGUGGCCUAUCACAACCAGCAGCAUCCUUCCACAGUCGAUCUGGUCAAGGACGCAGGCCAUUUUGACCGUAGAUCAUUUGACGAAGUGUGUUUUUACAACUCGGACUACAUGGCGACACGCAACAGAAUGGUGGCAGACGUCCAGGAGAACGAGGAGAUUUUAGAAACCCUGGACAUCUUCGACAUGUUCUUAAAGUAUUCGGGUCUGCACGUAUUCAGGGCGGUGGAGCCAUCAUUGCACCAGCAGUAUAGCUUCCAAGCCUGCAACCCGCGACUAAGUGAAGACAUCUAUCAUAGGUGUGUUCAGAGCAACUUGGAAGGUCUCGGUUCUCGCUCCCAGCUCGCCAUGCUGCUGUUUGAGCAAGAACAAGGAAACAGCACUUGAAAACGCCAGUGAACUUCAGCCCCUGCUUGUCUUUAAACGGAUGUUAAAAGGUGUGUGUUUGUUGUAAUAAGGUCUGGAUGCAAGCUAGAUUUUGGGACAACGCAUGCCAGGGGGCUGAAGUUACAUUUGUGACCCUGCCUGACAUUCUCCAUCUUUGAGUGUGCAUUGAGAAUUACUUGGUUUUAGUUUUUAGCUAGUUUGGUAUAAUGAAUGUAGUACAUUCUUAACAAAACCUUUCCUCAAACGUUUACAAUACUUGUCCGUACAGAUGAGUUGUUAGAACCAAAUGUUUUUGCUACUCUGAUUCUGAAAGCUGCGUUAGGCAAUUUCGGACCACUAGGUGGUAGAAAUUUAAAGCAGCAGAGCCUUGAUGUAGCGCUGGCGCAUCGAGCUGUGUUUAAGCCAUUGGAGUCGUUUUCUUUUCAGUAUGUUCAGUGUAAUUCCAAUAUUUGGUUCAUUAACUCCUGGGAGAAAUAUCUUCAACCGUUUGGAGUUGGGGAAGUAUCAACACAUUUGAGAAAGUGCUGGGCACAGCUGCUUAUAGUUUUGUUUGGGAAGAUUGAAUCAGUUUAACCAACGCGAUGAGUUUAAAGUGGUAAAAGCUACAGUAGCUUGUUGCUUUUAAGUGGGUUGAAAAGUACUAGCAGCCACGUUUUUUACAUUUCUAGAAUGCCAUUUGAUUUAAUAUUAAUAUCUAAUAUGUUGUUAAAUGGCGCUUUAUAUGUAUAGUGCUAAUAGAUAUACAUUAGUGUAUUGCACCACAGGUUGUGUGCCCCUUCACAUUGAAACAUAUUUACUGAUUUGAGUAUUUAUAAAAGUGCAUCUUUGUACUGUAUGUGUGCCUUGACACUGACUUUUAAUAUGCCAACUGUUUGACAUUGUCUUUAUAACACAGUUUUGCAGUUCACCGCUUCAGGUGAAACACAGUUGAUGUUUUUUAUUAGAACUUUACAAAUGAAUAACUGUUUUGAAUGGGUGGGAGUAUUAUAUUAUACUGUGGAUAGAGCUUGUUACAUAGCUGGGAGAAUUGAAUGGGUAGUCAGUUAACCUUGAAUUUUUUUUUAAAGGCCAAUUGGAAAUGUCAUGAUCACAACCAUUCACAGGUUGUAUACGUGCCACAAAGCAGGGAUGGUUGGUAGAGAGAAAUAUUCUAUUGGUCUUCAGAGCUCAUAGAUGGAGACUAGUGUGUUCCAGUAGGCCAGCAGUGUGUAGUUUUCUCCAUAACACCGUUUUGAUGUUGACAGAAAAUGUACAAUCAGGAGGCAAAGAAUGGAUUGCCCAGAUGAGUCCUCAUUGAAGUUGUACUUCAAAACAGGAUGGAAUCAGUUUAGAAAUGAUUGAAACUAAGAAUGUAUGAAAAGUUUUUAGUAUAGAAGUAAGUUUUUAUACUCUAAAAGAAGAGGUGUUCCAAAGUAUUUUGGACAGCAUUGUUAAAGAUUUUGUAAGUUGUUGAAUGAUGUCAUUGUCCUCCAUUUCUUGAGCUCAUUGUUAGAGAGGGUUCCUUUCUCCCAGUUGCAGAGCAGUCCACUGGGAGGUCUUUUCUACAAUGAGUGGUGGUUGUGGAGGUAGCAGUACUAGACACCAGAAAGUUACUAGUAUAUGAUAAUGUGCAAUAUUACAGAUAACACAACUGGCUGGAUGUCCAAUUAAGGACAUGGCUUUUAAUUUCAUAGACAUUAGCUGCAAGUACAGCAAUGUAAAUACCAUACUGUUCAUGACAUUACAAAAUGUAAAACUUAUUUUGCUCUCUGUUUAAUUUUAAGUAGAUACACUGUAAUGUCUUUUGACAAGACCUUUAAUGUAUUUGCUGAUACUCGACACUUUUCAACAUUAAACGUUGUAAUACAUAUAAUGAAGUCCUUUUAUUUAACUUUAAGUGGAUUCAAAGGACUUGUUGGAAACACUACAUCCAGUGGUGAUCUUCAACAGUGUUUGCUGUGUUUUUUGCCAUGUGGACAAAGACCACAGAGGUCACUUUAUAACGCAUCUCUUUCUUUGACAAGAGGAGAAAAGUACGACAUUAUUAAUGUGUAAAAUUGGAAACUGAAUCUUCCAUAUACCACUGUGAAAGAGGGAAGGCUUAGAUUACAAUAUGAAGUGUUUGUGGUGAUCUGCGUCAUCUCUGCCUCCUGUAGACGUGAGAAGCUUAAAAUUAAGCAAGCAUGGCAAAUGAAUCACCCUGUGUUGGUAAAAGAGCCACCAUCGCUAAGCAAAGUUUCUAAGUAUUUUGUCCAUAACUUAUUUAUCUUGUCAUUUCUUCAUGAAUUAUGCAGAUUCUGAAUUCUUCCGCACUAACAGAGGCUUCCACGACAUUCUCUGUACAUGUAUAAAUAUUUCAUAGAUUCUAUUUUUAAGCCUUUUGUAGCUUUAUGUACACAGCAAUUUAUACUUUGUUAUUUUUGGUGACCAAAUUAAACCUAUAUUGUAUCUUACUUUGCAUGUUGUGAUUUGAAAAUAAUGUCAUUUGACCAUGAAGACAAUUUCAAAUGUGUGUAUUUCACUCUCACUUUCAAUCAAGUAAUUAAUUAAAUUUGCAAUUACAUUUUAUGCAUAUGGGUACUAGUAUAACCAAAGCGAUACAUUUGAAUUAAUGCUCAUGACAUUUGUGUGCUGUAAUUCCCAAUGAAAUGUGAAUUGUAAUUUUUAAAUAAAGAGUAUUUGAAUAUA